CUUUUUUUUGCUCUCUCUCUCACUCUCUCUGUUUUAUUCUUUGAAUGGGGCGCAAAUGACAAACAACUCGUGGCCAAAAUGAAUGAUCGUGAACGGGAUGGUUUGAUCAGCAGCUUGCACAAUGAUGUGCUUGCCCUGAAGGAUCUGGUGAGAAAUCGUGAAAACGAGCUGGUCAAAUUACAUAGGGAAAUCCACAAGUUAAAGAGCGUACUUCAGCAGACCACCAAUCACUUGAACGUGACACGAAAUGAGCAAAAGCAACAACACCAACAGCCACAACAACAGAGUCCACAACGGGGUCGGCUGUAUUCCCUGCCCGAGCAAUGCGGUGACGUGACAACAAGCAGCCAAAUAAAUCCGCACAUUUGCAGCUCUUGCGGAAUGGUUAUGCCCACAAGCCCAGAGUUUGCACUUGAGGCUUUAUCAUUGGGGGGAUCGGCUCCAAGCCCAUCUCCAUCUCCGUCGCCAACUUCCAACUCAGUAUCGGCCCCACAACUGCCAGAAGUACGCCCGAAAGCUACCACCAAGAAACAGGGCGUAUCUGCCGAGAGUUGUGUACAGUCAAUUCAUCAGUCCUACAAUGUUCCCAUACCCAAAUAUGAUAAAGAUUUCAGUGCCAAGCAACAGAUCAAAGAUGCUAUUAUGGAUAAUGAUUUUCUCAAGAAUAUCGACGCCUCUCAAGUACGUGAACUUGUCGAUUCCAUGUAUUCCAAGUGCAUUGCCGCUGGAGAAUUCGUGGUACGUGAGGGUGAAGCUGGUGCCCAUUUGUAUGUAUCCGCAGCGGGAGAAUUCGCUGUCAUGCAAAAUGGCAAAGUGCUGGAUAAAAUGGGUCCCGGCAAGGCCUUUGGGGAAUUGGCCAUACUUUACAAUUGCACUCGAACCGCUUCAAUUCGUGUGCUAACAACUAGCGAAGAUGCCCGCGUUUGGGUCCUGGAUCGUCGGGUCUUUCAACAGAUUAUGAUGCGUACGGGUCUGCAGCGAAUUGAGAAUAGUGUGAACUUCCUAAAGUCAGUGCCACUACUACGCAAUCUCAGCGAAGAGUUGUUGGCCAAAAUUGCUGAUGUUCUGGAACUGGAGUUCUAUGCGGCUGGCACGUAUAUCAUUAGACAAGGCACUGCCGGCGAUAGCUUCUUUCUCAUAUCGCAGGGUAAUGUCAGGGUAACCCAAAAACUGACAGCCACCUCACUAGAGGAGACAGAGUUGCGGAUAUUGUCGCGGGGUGAUUACUUUGGCGAACAGGCUCUAAUCAAUGAGGACCGGAGGACAGCGAAUAUUAUAGCAUUACCACCAGGUGUUGAGUGCCUUACUUUGGAUCGAGAUUCAUUUAAACGGCUAAUUGGAGAUUUGUGUGAGUUGAAGGAGAAGGACUAUGGCGAUGAAAGCCGCAUUUUAGCCAUGAAACAAGCCGCCGAGAAUCAGGAGAUUUUCGGCUCUCAAGCCCAGCAGCAGCAGGAAUAUCCGGAUCUAAAAUUAACAGACCUGGAAGUGGUUAGCACUCUUGGUAUCGGUGGCUUUGGGCGAGUAGAACUGGUCAAGGCCUAUCACAAUGAUCGUGUGGAUACAUUUGCUCUCAAGUGCCUGAAAAAACGUCACAUUGUGGACACGAAGCAGGAGGAGCAUAUAUUUAGUGAACGCACCAUUAUGUUAAGUUCUAAGUCACCGUUCAUUUGUCGCCUCUAUCGGACUUUUCGGGACGAUAAAUACGUCUAUAUGCUCCUAGAGGCCUGUAUGGGUGGCGAAAUAUGGACCAUGCUGCGAGAUCGCGGCUCCUUUGAGGAUAAUGCGGCACAAUUCAUUAUUGGCUGUGUCCUGCAGGCCUUUGAGUAUCUGCAUUCCCAUGGCAUUAUCUAUCGUGAUCUCAAACCCGAAAACCUAAUGCUAGAUGAGCGAGGCUAUGUGAAACUGGUUGACUUUGGUUUCGCCAAGUAUAUAGGUACAAGCUCCAAAACUUGGACGUUUUGUGGUACUCCCGAGUACGUGGCACCCGAGAUCAUCUUGAAUAAAGGUCACGAUCGAGCUGUGGACUACUGGGCUCUGGGCAUACUUAUUCAUGAGUUACUCAACGGAACUCCUCCGUUCAGUGCUCCAGAUCCUAUGCAAACCUAUAAUCUCAUUCUUAAGGGCAUUGAUAUGAUAAGUUUUCCCAAACAAAUGUCACGAUGGGCAGUACAAUUGAUUAAGCGAUUGUGUCGUGACGUCCCCUCUGAACGCUUGGGCUAUCAGACGGGUGGAAUUCAGGACAUCAAAAAGCACAAAUGGUUUCUUGGUUUCGAUUGGGAUGGCUUAGCCAGUCAACUCUUAAUUCCGCCUUUUGUUCGCCCAAUUGCUCACUCGACAGAUGUGCGUUACUUUGAUCGAUUUCCCUGUGAUCCAACCGAACCACCCGAUGAACUUUCUGGCUGGGAUGCUGAAUUCUAGCCAUUUCGAGUUGAAAAUUUGUACACUUUAUGUUAUGCUUUAUUAGAAAUUUAGUAGUUGAAUGAAAUUUUUUUGGGAUUACUA